AGGCUAUCGAUUUUAUUUGUUUGGCUGGUAACAUGUCGCCCCGACACAGUUCGUUCAUAAAGUAGAACACCAGAAUUUGAGUUAUUCCGUGAAACGAAUCAACGAUUAGUUUUCCUCAGUAUUUACAAGCAGUUUACCUGCAAAACGAUUUUUUUUCCUAAGAAAAAAACCAAACAAACAACCUAAAAGGUCAGUCUCACUCAACUUUCCUGUGCACUAUCCCCCCUAACUCUUUCCCUGAGCAUUAAUCUGAUAACGAUGGAGGGUCGUUGGUUCCAGAAGGAAGAUCGGUGGAAAGACAGAGCGCUAUGUCUACAACACCGCCUCAGAGAUCGUUUCCGAGUCGUCGUCGACCAACACCGUCGCCGACAUAGGUCCAGUGGGUACGUUUCCUCUGCGACGCAACCCUGGCUUCAACGCUUUCGCCAUUUCCGAAGUCAAACAUUAGCCACUUCUUCCACUUUAUACCGUAAAAGAGUUAGCAAAGAGUUUGAUACAGAAGAGGAUUCAGUUCUUACCCAAAUACUUCAGGCUGUUGCUGUUCCUGUUAUUGGAAAUGUUUGCCAUGUUUUCAUGCAUGGACUAAAUCAUGUCCAGAUAUAUGGAGGUGAAAAAUUACAACAAGGAUUGCUCAACAGACCUGAUAAGACACCACUUAUCACAGUAAGCAAUCAUAUUGCUUCCAUGGAUGAUCCAUUGGUUAUUGCUGCACUUCUUCCUAAAAGUCUUCUUUUGGAUGCUCGUAACUUGAGAUGGACACUUUGUGCUACUGAUCGUUGCUUCCGUAAUCCACUCACUUCUGCAUUUUUUAAGUGUGUUAAAGUUCUUCCUGUCUCUCGUGGUGAAGGAAUUUAUCAGAAGGGUAUGGAUGUUGCCAUUGCAAAACUAAAUAGAGGUGGGUGGGUCCACAUAUUCCCUGAAGGCAGUCGUUCCCGAGAUGGUGGAUCAACUAUGGGUUCUAUAAAGAGAGGCAUUGCAAGGUUAAUCUUGGAUGCAGACAAUGCCCCGAUGGUUAUUCCAUUUGUGCAUGCAGGGAUGCAAGAGAUGAUGCCUGUUGGAGCCUCGUUUCCUAGGGUUGGCAAAACGGUGACGGUACUUGUGGGUGAUCCAAUCGACUUCAAAGAUGUACGAGACUUGGAACAGGACAACACUGUUCCAAGGGGAAAUCUAUACGAUGUUGUCUCUACAAGGAUUGGUGAUCGUCUCAUUAAACUAAAAGCACAACUUGACAAGUUACUUCAAGUGCAAACCGACGAUGUUGUUCAACAUUUUGAUGAUAAUAAUGAUAAUAAUAGCAAUAAACAGGAUCACGAGGAGUAUUUUAAGGUUGAAUCUUCUUACAAAGGCUUUGGGAUUGACCUUAUGGGUUUUGCUGCAAGAGGUUUGUUUGUGAAUCAGAAAAUGAAGGAACAUGUGGUUGAAGGGGGGAUAAGUAUAAGGCCUUUGCCUUUGAGGGCAUGGAACAGUUUUUGGAGACAACUGUUGCAUAAUAAUAAUAAUAAUGGAGUUGCUUCACUCUCUAUGUUGUCGGGGGCCACUUGAGACUUUUAGGUCCAUAGAAAUAGAAAGCCUUGUUUGUACCGUGUGUUUGGCAUGCAUUAGACUGGUAGCGAGUGAAUGAGAUAAAAUAAAAAUGUGGGACAAAGACUCCCCUCCUCAUCUCUUGUCUCUUGUGUGUGCGUGUCCUUAUUCUCAUCCUUCAAAACAGUCUUAGAAAGCUUGUAAAGCCCUUUUUGGGUAACAAACAAACAUGCAAAUUGUUCAUUUUAGAUUAAAAUGUAUAACAACUUUUUGACUCA